AUGCGUCCUUGGAACAUAUUGUUGUACGGUUCGCGCCAAGUGACUGCCAAAAUCGGCGCACGGAAUACGCAUGCGCGGGAAACAUGGCGUCAGUCUCGCUCGGUCGGCAAACGCGCGCGCACGCCGCUUGAUUUUAGGUUAGAAUUGGCGGGUUUUGUUCGCCAGGUGCUUUACGCCCCCGCCGUAUCCCCCUCUCGCUCAGCGACAGCUGUUUCGUCUCGGGAGAUUAGUCAGAUGUUCUGA